AUCGCAACAUCAACAACUCAUCCAUCCAUCCUCACAUCUCAACCUACUUCAAACAUAACUCCAACAGCAUUUCAGUACAAUACUCCUGCUACAACUUUCAAUACUUCAUAUCUCAAAUCCAACCUCAGUCAAAAUGAUUGCCAUCACAUCCAUCAUCGCUGCUUCCGCCGCCAUUAUUGGCCUCACUUCCGCUGCUCCUGCGAACGCGCCAACCACAGGAGUUGUCCACAAUAUCUUCGCUGGCUCCACCACCGCUAAUGGAGGCCUUCACUUCGAGCCAGAGAACGUGGUCGCCGAAGUUGGAGAUCUUGUUACCUUCCACUUCCAAGCUAAGAAUCAUACGGUUGUGCAAUCAUCUUUCGACAAGCCAUGCGAGCCUCUGGCUGGCGGCGCUGGCUUCUUCUCCGGCUUCAACUUCCCCACCCAGCCCAACACCGAGAACCUGAACGUCUUCACUAUCCAGAUCACCAACAAGGACCCCAUCUGGUACUACUGCUCGCAGACCGUCGGCGACCACUGCCAGAAGGGCAUGAGCGGUGUCAUCAACCAGAACUUCGACGGCGACAAGACCCUGGCAAAGUACAAGGAGAACUCGGUCAACACGAAGACUGUUCAGCCCAGUGCCGACAUCAAGGCCAGCCAGGGUGGUUGGAUUCAUGCCAACCCUUCUUGUGCUCAGGGCAUCCAGUGCUCUUAAGCAGCACUGUUUGGAUCGGAUCAAAUCACACACUUUAAUGAGCUCAGCAUAGCAUAACAUAGAGAAGCAUGUCAUGGCAUAGCAUAGCAUUGCAUAGCGCGGGCAUUAGAACUCACUCAACUCUUUUGGGAUUUGCAUGGAGAUGGUGUUUGCAUUUUUUGGUUUCUAGCAUAAUUUGUAGUCUUGGAAUUCCUUGACGAUAGCAAU